GCUCUGAAUGUUCACUGUUUAGUAGCACUUAAAACGGCCAUCAGUGCGAGGCUUUAGAAAUCACAAGAUCUGCACUACUGAAUUCAGUACAAAAAUGUUUUUUCAAAUCUUUCUCCGGUUUGUCAGCAGUCUUUCUACCAUUGCAGUGGGUUUCCUCUCUGUGAUAAUGCACCAGCUCUCAGUUCUGAAGAAGUCCGUGGUGACCAUGAGCCCUCAUCAGAAAGAACCCAUCGUGGGGCAGCGGCAGAACCUACCCUGUAUUGCGCCACUGGUGAGCACGGUGGAGGAGACGCCAGGGAUAGUCUCUGCUCGAGUCCGAGGGCAUCUUCCUGAAUGGGUCAAUGGCUACCUACUUCGAAUUGGACCUGGGAAAUUCGAAUUUGGGAAAGAUAAGUAUAAUCAUUGGUUUGAUGGAAUGGCUUUGCUUCACCAGUUCAGGAUGGAGAAGGGCACAGUGACAUACAGGAGCAAGUUUCUACAGAGUGAAACGUAUAAGGCCAACAGUGUUCGCAAUCGAAUCAUGAUCUCAGAAUUUGGCACAUUGGCUCUUCCUGAUCCAUGCAAGAAUGUUUUUGAACGUUUCAUGUCAAAGUUUGAGCCGACUGCCACAACUGACAACACCAACGUCAACUAUGUGCAGUAUAAGGGCGAUUACUAUGUUAGCACUGAGACCAACUUUAUGAAUAAAGUGGAUAUUGAAACUCUGGAAAAGACAGAAAAGGUAGAUUGGAGCAAAUUUAUUGCUGUGAAUGGAGCAACUGCACAUCCUCAUUAUGACUCAGAUGGAACAGCCUACAAUAUGGGAAAUUCCUAUGGGCCACAAGGUUCCUGCUAUAAUGUUAUUCGGGUUCCUCCAGAGAAGGCAGACGUUGGGGAGACGAUCCAUGGCGCUGAGGUGAUAUGUUCUAUUGCUCCUGCAGAAUCGACAAAGCCUUCUUACUACCACAGCUUUGGAAUGACGAGGAACUACAUAAUCUUCAUUGAACAACCUCUGAAGAUGAAUCUGUGGAAAAUUAUCACUUCUAAAAUUCGGGGAAAGGCCAUUUCAGAUGGAAUAAGCUGGGAACCACAGUAUAAUACACGGUUUCAUGUGGUGGAUAAAAACACUGGACAGCUUCUUCCAGAGAUGUACUACAGUGAACCCUUCGUUACUUUUCAUCAAAUCAAUGCCUUUGAAGACCAGGGCUGUAUUGUAAUUGACAUGUGCUGUCAAGAUAAUGGAAAAAGCCUAGAUGUUUACCAACUACAGAAUCUCAGGAGAGCUGGAAAAGGCCUUGACCAGGUCUAUAAUUCAGUAGCCAGAUCUUUCCCUCGAAGGUUUGUUUUGCCCUUAAAUGUCAGUGUGAAUGCCCCUGAGGGGGAGAACCUCAGUCCGUUGUCCUAUUCUUCAGCCAGUGCUGUGAAACAGGCUGACGGAAAGAUCUGGUGCUCUCAUGAAAGUCUGCAUCACAAGGACCUAAUGGAGGAAGGAGGCAUUGAGUUUCCCCAGAUCAACUAUGGAAAAUUCAGUGGCAAAAAGUAUCGUUUCUUCUAUGGCUGUGGUUUUCGGCAUUUGGUGGGGGAUUCUCUGAUCAAGGUGGAUGUGGUGAACAAGACACUCAAGGUUUGGAGAAAAGAUGGCUUUUAUCCCUCAGAACCUAUUUUUGUGCCAGUACCAGGAGCCAGUGAAGAAGAUGGUGGGGUGGUUCUUUCUGUGGUAAUCACUCCCAACCAGAAUGAAAGCAAUUUCCUCCUAGUCUUGGAUGCCAAGAACUUUGAAGAACUGGGCAGAGCAGAGGUACCUGUGCAAAUACCCUAUGGAUUCCAUGGCACCUUCAUACCCAUCUGAUGGGAUAACCACAAGAGCCAGGGUUAAAAUCAGUACACUUUCUACAAAAGAGAGAAAAAAGGGCAUCAUAACCUUCCAAACCGUUUGAUUUUUACAUUACUAUUAAAAACAGAAUUCAUGAGACGA